CGCCCGCGGGGGGGCGCCGUGCCCGCCAUGCUGAGGGCCAAGGUGCUGCUGGUGGGGCCUUGUGAGUCUGGAAAGUCGGUGUUGGCAAACUUCGUGUCCGAGAGCACGGAAGGGAUCUGCAGCUACAGCCCGACGCAGGGGGUCAGGAUCCUGGAGUAUGAGAGGCCAAACCUCAACGGGAACAACAAGGGAGCCGGCUGUCGAUUCGAGCUGUGGGAUUGCAGCGGUGAUCAAAAGUUUGAAACAUGCUGGCCAGCUCUGAUGAAGGACUCUCACGGUGUAAUAAUCGUCUUCAACCCUGAGCUGCCCAGCCACCUGAAAGAAAUUGAGAUGUGGUACUCCUGCUUUGUGCAGCAGCAGCCACUGCUUGACAGUCAGUGUCUCCUGGUGGCACAUCACAAGCCAGGCAGUGGUGGGGACACAGAAGACCUGUCCUUGGCUUAUCCACUGAACAAGCUAAAACUGAUACAUUCCAACUUAGAGGAAGAUCCUGAAGAUGUUCGGAUGGAAUUUAUCAAGUACUUCAGAAGCAUUAUCACCACAAUAAAUGAGAGCAGAGAGAGGGAAGAAAUGUCAAUUAUCUCAUAAUAUUUAAGAAAAAACCACACUGAAAAAGGAAGAAAAAAUAUUAUUUUCCCUUUGUAAGCUAUACAGCCUGUGAACAGACCUCCCAAGGAGAAUUUGCCAGGCUACAAAUACUUCAGACUGUGAACAAGUGCUGACAUCAAGUGAACUGUGGUGCCAAGGAAAUGGCUGAACAUCCAGGAUUUUGAGUAACCUUGUAGCUGCACUUUGGCAUCAGAGGCAGGAAGAUAUUAUUAUGUUAGUGAUGCCCAAAAUUCAAAGGUGUGGGUCAUGUCUUCAGAAUUCCUUUGUGCAGAGGUGCUUGGAGAAGAAAAACUGACAGAACGUAAGACACUGGAGUUCUGAAGUAUCUGGGCAAAGUG